CACACACACACACACACACGAUCCAGUGGAACCGUAUGCUCACCUGUGAUUAGACAUAAACCACUUACUAAAACUAGGCUGCUUAGUCAAAGGAGGCUCGAGUUCAAAUCCUCAAAGACCUACAACACAAAACCACCUGAAAACAGUUCACUGUUGCGCCACGGGGCGUCGUGCUCCAGCCGUUCAGGUGGCCGUGACGUCAUCCGGGCUCAAGGCGUCGCGCGUGUGUGCGCGCUCGGGUCCAUCCAGAUCUGCCAGGGGUGCAGCACGAGCGGAGCAGCGGACGCGAGCGACGGCGCCUCUUCUGAUCGCCGCGAUGGAUUCGCGUGUGUGAUGUCACCGCGCGGUUGGAAGCAGAUGCGAGGCCGCUGAUCGACGAACCUCUGGCCGGAAUCAUGGGCAACCAGCUGAGCGACAUGGCUCCCGCCGCGCCGUUCCUGCCGCACUUCCACUCGCUGCACGUGGUGGUGGUGGGUCUGGACUCGGCCGGCAAGACCUCGCUGCUCUACAGGCUCAAGCUCAAGGAGUUCGUGAAGACCAUCCCCACCAAGGGCUUCAACACGGAGAAGAUCAAGGUGUCCGUGGGCGCGUCCCGCUCCAUCACCUUCCAGGUGUGGGACGUGGGCGGCCAGGAGAAGCUGCGGCCGCUGUGGAAGUCGUACACGCGGCGCACGGACGGCAUCGUGUUCGUGGUGGACGCCGCGGAGCCGGAGCGCAUGGAGGAGGCCAAGGUGGAGCUCCACCGCAUCAGCCGCACGCCGGAGAACCAGGGCGUGCCGGUGCUGGUGCUGGCCAACAAGCAGGACGCGGCGGCGGCGCUGGGCGCCGGCGAGGUGGAGAAGCUGCUGUCGGCGCACGAGCUGAGCGCGCACACGCUGCUCCACGUGCAGGGCUGCAGCGCCGUGGACGGCCGCGGGCUCCAGCCGGGCCUGGAGAAGCUCUACGACAUGGUCCUGAAGAGGAAGAAGAUGGUGAGGCACAACCGGAGCCGGCGGCGGUGAGCGGCGGGGGGUGCGUUCAGGCGCUCCGCAGCUCAAUGGGCUCGUUUAGUGGGGGACGAUUUGUGCCAACAGAACGGUUACGCGCUGCCUGAGGGUCCGGAGGAGGGAUUUACUCACGACGCAUUGUGUUGUAACAAAGCAGCUCCCACGUGAAAACAACGAGCGACUCGGAGGUCGAAGAACCUUUCUCCUCAGAACUUAGAACCUGUUUGACCGUUCACAAGCACAAGCGGCGGCUGAUCUGCUGCGGAGGCGUUUCUUCAGGAGCACGUCGUCGUAAAUGAAGGUCUCGGUGAUGGAGAUGAUGCUUCGUCUCACUCAGUUCAUCAUUAGCGCGGUGUUUAUAUACAAGUUGUUCGAUUUUGUAACACUGAAGACUUAAUAAAUCAAAGCACUGUACAGAACAAG